AUGGACGACGAUUUUGGUGCCGACGAAGACUUCCUAGCAGCUCUAGCGUCGUCGAACCCGGCACAUUCACGCCCCGAUGCCCAACAAUCUCGUCCUCGUGUGCAGCAACCAACUCCGCAGAAGAUCCAGCAGCCAACACCGCAACGUUUGGAUAGACCACCGCCCGCAAAUCCUUCUUCAAGUGGCAAGAUUGUGCAACCCACACCACAAGCCCUUCCUCAACGAGGUUCUGGGUCCGCCAUUCUCGUGUCUCCGCGGCAAAGAGGCAACCCAGUGCUCGCAUCUCUAAAGUCGAUGCCGUGGGAGUACAGCGACAUAGUGGCCGACUACGGCCUUGGUUUAACGACAUGUGCAUUGUUCUUGAGUCUAAAGUACCACCGCCUCCAUCCUGAGUACAUCCAUACGAGAAUCCGAAAUCUCCAAGGCAAAUACAACCUGCGCAUCGUCUUAACCAUGGUCGACAUUCCGAAUCACGAGGAGGUCUUGCGCGAGUUAUCCAAGACCUCAUUGGUCAACAACGUCACCCUCAUCCUCUGCUGGUCAGCCGCAGAGGCCGCGCGAUAUAUCGAGCUGUACAAGUCUUACGAGCACGCCAACUUCAACGCCAUUCGCGGCCAACAAGCCUCGACGUAUGCUGAGAAGCUUGUCGAGUUCGUCACCGUUCCCAGGAGCGUCAAUAAGUCAGAUGCUGUUGCAUUGGUCAGUAACUUUGGUAGCCUGAAGAAUGCCAUCAAUGCGAAUCCCGAAGAGAUUGGUUUGCUUGCCGGCUGGGGAGCUGUCAAGGUCAACAAGUGGGUCAAGGCUGUUGAGGAGCCCUUCCGAGCACAAAAGUCUGGCAAACGACAGCUAGAUCGAUCGGAACGCACCGAGGAUAGAAGACCGUCCCAAGCAUCGAGAUUAGAUCAAGCUGUGCCUCUCGGCAGGGUCCCGCUUCGCGAGAUGUCUACCAGGCACUCGUCACGGGGCUCACCUGUAGGAGGCAUGCCAACGACAAACCAGCCUAAGAGGCCCGUAGCUUUGGAUCGGGGUGAUCCAGAUGUGGGCGAGGAUGACGAAGAGGCCAUGAUUGCCGCUGCCAUUGAGGAAUCAAGGCGGACUGCUGCGGUACAAGCACAAGCACAGACGCCGGCGCAGGCGCAGGCGCAGGCGAAACAAGUUGAUGGCGCAGGUGCCAAAGGCGAUGCGCUUCCGGACGGAGUCGCAGCCGCACUCGCCAAGUUACGGAAGCAGGGCUGA